GGCCGUGGUGAGGCGGUCCCAUUCAGGAAUCUUUUGGAGGGGGGGAAAAAAGAAAAGAAUUUGACUUUCAUUAAGUUUGAUUGUACUGUGUCUGGUACUUUUGGGGAAUUCUACUUUCCAUCGAAAAGACAUGGCUUCUUCCGAUGUUGCGCUGCAACCGGAUAAGGGACUCCGGCCUCUCUCCCUGGCAGGCCACGUUGGUUUUGACAGCCUCCCAGACCAGUUGGUCAACAAGUCCACCGAUCAGGGAUUCUGCUUCAACAUCCUCUGCAUCGGUGAAACUGGUAUCGGCAAGUCCACCCUGAUGGACACUCUGUUCAGCACCAACUUUGAAAACUUUGAGUCGUCUCACUUUGAGCCUGAGGUGCAGCUGCGGGCUCAAACCUACGACCUGCAGGAGAGUAACGUGCGACUGCGCCUCACCGUGGUUAACACGGUGGGAUUCGGAGACCAAAUGAACAAACAGGAGAGCUAUCAGCCGGUGGUGGACUAUAUCGACCGGCAGUUUGAGAGUUACCUGCAGGAGGAACUCAAAAUCAGGCGCUCCCUUUUCAACUACCACGACUCGCGGGUCCACGCCUGUCUGUAUUUCAUCUCCCCCUCGGGCCACUCCCUCAAGUCCCUGGACCUGGUUACCAUGAAGAAACUGGACAGCAAGGUAAACAUCAUCCCCGUCAUCGCCAAAGCAGACACGAUCAGUAAGAGCGAGCUGCACAAGUUCAAGAUCAAAAUCAUGAGCGAGUUGGUGAGCAACGGCGUCCAGAUCUACCAGUUCCCCCUGGACGACGAGGCCGUCGCCAAGGUCAACACGGCCAUGAACGGCCAUCUGCCUUUUGCCGUGGUGGGCAGCACGGAAGAAGUGGCCGUGGCCAACAAGAUGGUGAAGGCUCGUCAGUACCCCUGGGGGGUCGUCCAAGUGGAGAACGAGAGCCACUGCGACUUUGUGAAGCUUCGGGAGAUGCUGAUCUGCGUCAACAUGGAGGACCUGAGGGAGCAGACGCACACGCGCCACUACGAGCUGUACCGACGCUGCAAGCUGGAGGAGAUGGGCUUCAAGGACACCGACCCCGAGUGCAAGCCCGUCAGUCUGCAGCAGACCUACGAAGCCAAGCGUCAGGAGUUCCUGGUGGAGUUGCAGAGGAGAGAGGACGAGAUGAGGCAGAUGUUUGUGCAGAGGGUCAAGGAGAAGGAGGCGGAGCUUAAGGAUGCAGAGAGAGAGUUGCAAAGCCGCUUCGAGCAGCUGAAGCGCCUCCACGCCGAGGAGAAGUCGGCUCUGGAGGAGAAGCGGCGCCUCCUGGAGGAAGACCAGAGCUCCUUCGGCAAGAGGCGCGCCGCCGCUCAGCUGCUGCAGGCCCAAAGCCUCACCGCCAACGGCAAGAAGGACAAAGAUCGCAAAAAUUCUGGCUUCAUGUGAAGAAUUGAGGAAUUGAACUCCAGUCCGACCAGCUACACCAUUCCCAAAAGUCUUUGUGGCCAGUCUCAAACACUAACCCGAAGCCUCCCACCAUCAUUAUCAUCAUCAUCAUCACCAGCAGCAACACAUCCGUGUGUUUUCAGCGCCAAAGAUAAGACAGUACGUUCUAUGUGUACACUUUGUUUUUUUUUUUUUUUAAUCUAAUGUGUGGGGUUUGAUGUUUUCUUUUUUUCUAUGUAUUCUUUUAUAUCUCCAUGAUAUACCUCUUUUUGUUGCUUUUAAGCUCUCCGUGGUUUCAGAGGCUCCCGCUUGUUCACGUUUGGGGUUAAUAAUGGACCGAACCUCGAAUGGUUUUAAUGGUACAUUCAUGUCUUUGAUAUUGUAAAUGCGCUCACCAGCGGAGUGGCUGCAGAGAACAAAGCGGCGUUUGUACGACCUUUGUCAUUCAUCCUUAAAAACUCAGUCCUCAUCAUCCUUUGAUCUGAACUUUAUUAUAAACCUGUCAAUGGUGUUUCGGAAAGCAAAUUUGGCCUCCAUCAGUUUUAACUUUCAACUUCUGUGUUUACUCACUUUUUGGUGACCGCAUAUUUACAUACACAAGACUAGACAGAAUGCGUCGUUUCGCUUGCUCCGCUCGUUUCUGCUGACACGCACUUGUUUAAGUGUGCACAACAACGCUGAGUCAUGGGGGGCGGGAAAAAGUGGGGGGAAGAGCAGGACGAAGAGGCAACAGUACUGGACUUUGAUGAAUUCGUGUCUGGGGACAAAGCUCCGAGACGCGCACCUUGUAGCAUUUGAACAUAACUCGGCGGUGCUGCUUUCUUAUCGCGUGACACUUUACACUUACACUUGUGUUCCACGUGUGUUCCACGUGCCUUAUGUGUGUCCAGCUUACUGUAGGUAAAAAAAAAAGAAAUCACUCUGUUCUUGUACACGCAGUGAAACACACUAAUGCCUGAUGGAGGGAACCUUUUUGUGUUUGAACUACACUCGUAUUUAUGAAAUAAACAGUGUUACUCAGGA